AUGGCUUCCAUUCCAGCCUACACACAGCGAAGCACCGAAACGCUCCUUGAUAUAGCUACCGACGUUAUCCAAAUGCUUGGGCAGGCUGACCAGACACUUGGAGUCGCAGAAUCCCUGACAGCAGGUGGUGUGAUGGCCGCACUCACCUCUGUGCCAGGCUCAAGUGCAGUAUUCCGGGGCGGGGUGGUAUCCUAUGCAACACCUCUCAAGCAGCAGCUCUUGGGCGUCGAUCCACAACUGAUCACUAUUCGGGGUGUAAUCGACCCCAGUGUCGCAACCCAGAUGGCCGACGGCGCUCGCAAAAUCACAACUUGUGGCAACAGCGCAACAGCGUGGGGAAUUGGGACAACCGGAGUCGCUGGCCCCGCAUCUCAGGAUGGAAAGCCUGUUGGCACGGUAUAUAUCGGCAUUGCCUCACCCACUGGUACCCGAGCUUGGGGUCCCUUCAACUUCCCUGGAACUCGUGAGCGUAUCCGCGAAGCAACUGUUCUGGAGGGCUUGUCUCGACUGCGUCAGGAGCUUGUUGCUUACCAGAGUGAUAUGAGAAAAUAA